AUGGCCACUACCGAAGUACAACUUAGUGAACGUCAACCAAUGUUAACUUCAACGGAAGAAAUUCUUCAUUCAAAUCCGGUUGCUUCAUCAGCCAUACCGAUUGAAAGUAGUACAACAGUCAUACGAAAGGAUAUUGAUAUUGUACCUGAAGAUAAAAAUAAAUUUAUCCAAGUUAUUCGUCCAUUAUUAGUUGAACUUAUUGGUACAACAUUAUUUGUUCUUAUUGGUAUGUGGGGUGCAUGUUCAGGUGGUGGUGUUCUUACUAGUGCAUUAUCAUUUGGUCUUGCAUUAAUGGUAUUUGCUGCUAGUUUUGGACAUAUAUCAGGUGUUCAUUUUAAUCCAGCUGUUACAGUUGGUGUUUUAAUUGCUGGUGAAAUGCAAGCUGCUAUGGCUAUACUUUAUGUUGUUAUGCAACUUUUAGGAGGUAUUGCUGCUGGUGGUCUUUUACGUUUAUUACUUGCAACACGUAUUUAUGCUGAUUGUAAAGGUGGUGCAACAUUAUUAACAACAUAUCAUGCUUUAAAUGAAACAGGUGCUAAAGGUCCUAUUUAUUAUAUUACGGAUUCUGUUCGAAUUUGGCAAGGUAUUUUAAUUGAAUUUAUUGUUACAUUCGUUCUUAUUACUGUCAUUCUUAUGGUUUUACUUGAUACAAAAUCAAAAACUGGUCUUGCACCAAUUCUUGUUGGAUUUACAUUAGCUGUUAAUAUUCUUGCUGUUGGUGCAUAUACUGGUGGUUCACUUAAUCCGGCUCGUUCACUUGGUCCAGCUAUAUUUGCUAAUCAAUGGGAACAUCAUUAUGUUUAUUGGAUUGGUCCACUUGUUGGAGCUAUUGUUGCUGGUUUUCUUUAUCGUAUGGUUUGGGCUCAUUAUGAUCGUCGUAUGUUUGUUAAACGUACACCAACAGCAACAGGUGCUAUUUUAUCUGAAGAAAAAUUACCUGCACUCGAAUUGAGUGGAUAUGGUCCAUCAUCUGCAACUCAAACAUUUUCCGGUUCUGUAUCUUCUUCACAAUCUCAACAACAACGUUUAACACGUGAACGACGUACAGCAUUAGCAACAUAUUUACGUAGUGAUCGACGUUCAUCAUCAAUGCUUCUAUCAUCUGAAGCACGUCCAUUUAAAUUAAAUUUAUCAUCAUCAACAGAAUCAACAACAACAACAAAUAAUUCUGAAUCAUCUAUUAUUGAAAAUUGGACACCAAGUAAAAUAAAAUUAGGUCUUAGUAUUUAUCCAAAAGUUGCAGCUAUUCAACCAUUACAUGUUGAAAAAAUAACUGGUAUGUUAUUAGAAGGUUUACCAACAUUACAUUUACAACGUAUUAUUAAUGUUGAUGAAGAUUUAAGAAAUAAAAUUGAUGAAGCUAUGAAUAUUUUAACAUCAUCUAAUACACGUGAUCAACAACAAAAUGAUUCAUCAAUAACAAAUGAACGUUUAUUAAAUAAUAAUAAUAAUAAUAAUAAAAAUUUUACAUUUGAUAAACAAUUAAAUGAAUAUGUACCAUUAUUUUGGCAACCAGAUAAAAAAGGUGUUUAUGCACCAAGACCAGGAAAAUAUACUCCUGAACGUUUAACUGCUUAUAGAAAUGUUGGAAGAUUAAUUGGUUUAUGUUUAUUACAAAAUGAACUUUUUCCAUUACCAUUAUGUCGUCAUGUAAUAAAAUAUAUAUUAAAUCGACCUAUACGUUGGCAUGAUUUAGCUUUUUUUGAUUCUACUAUGUAUGAAAAUUUACGUCGAACUGCAUAUGAUGGAGAAAAAAAUGGAUCACAAUAUAUUAAUGAUUUACAUUUGACAUUUUCAAUGGCUGUUACAGAAAAAGAGGGUGGUGAAACUUAUGAUCUAAUACCGAAUGGUUCAUCAAAAGAUGUAACAUAUUCUAAUCUAUAUGAAUUUAUAAAACGUUAUGCUGAAUUUCGAAUGAUUCAUCUUGUUGAACAAUCUCUUCAACAUUUACGUUUGGGUGUAUAUGAUGUUCUACCAUCAACAUCUCUUGAUUAUUUAAGUCCGGAAGAUUUUCGUUUACUUCUUAAUGGUACAAGUAAUAUAAAUAUAACAACAUUAAUGACAUAUACAACAUUUAAUGAUGAAAGUGGUGAAACAAAUGAACGUAUAAAUCAAUUUAAAAAAUGGUUUUGGUCUGUCUUAGAAAAAUUUAAUCCUAUGGAAAGACAAGAUUUAGUUUAUUUUUGGACUGGUAGUCCUGCAUUACCGGCAUCAGAAGGUGGAUUUCAACCUCAACCAUCUGUUACCAUUCGACCAGCUGAUGAUCAACAUUUGCCAACAGCAAAUACAUGUAUUAGUCGUUUAUAUGUUCCAUUAUAUUCAUCAAAAGCAAUCUUAAAAUUAAAAUUACAGUAUGCUAUUAAAACAAAAAUAUUCGGUUUUGUGUAA